AUGUCAACGCCGAUUGUCAAUUACCAGCAAAAGAAGAAUGAGUUUUCUCAAAGAAUUCCCGAAAAUGUGUCUCUGAACAUCUUUAGUUUUUUGAAACCUAGAGAUAUUUUGUCUUUUGCAAUGACUAAUAAACACCUUCAAAAGCAAUUAGAAAACGAAGACUUUUGGGAAUUUAUUUGUAAAGAACAAUUCGAACCACAUCACAUUGAAGAUGUACAGAACACCCUUAGAAAAAUUAAAGAGUUAAAAUUAAUAUUAGCAGAAGAGACGUAUGAAACAAUCCAACAAGCGAUUGAAGACGAACUAUUUGAAUGGAAAUUUCUAUACAAAAAACUUUCAUUUAUGUGUCGUUAUAUCUCAUAUGAAUCACGUGUCACUGAUUACGAUAAUCCUGAAAAUUGGAUUAUUGUAAAUUCAGAAGAAAGUGAAUUUGGUCAAUAUUAUCAACUUGAAAAUAUUUCUUGGCUUCAUGUUGAAAUUGAUUCACCUCACGUUUUACCUGGAAAUUACGAUAUAAUCUGGCGACUCAAGAUUAAUUCAAAGAAUUAUAAAAAUUUGGAUAAUUUAGAAUUUAGCGUGGAAAUUGUUGAAAGAGUCCAUGAAUUGUCUACAAUGGGAGAAUAUAUGGAUUUUGCUAAAGAAUUCGUCAAACCUUUUGUUCCUGGACAAAAGCUAAUCAGCAUUCUAAAAGAGAAAGAUGACUGGGUCGAAUAUUGUUUACCGGUUCAAGCCAAAUUUGACCCUCAGGAAGCUUCGAUUCCGGGCAUUCCUACUACUUUUCAUUUACGAUGCAAAAUAUUUGAUUAUAGCGACGACGUUUUGAAAAGCGGACUGUCGAUUGAUUACGUUCGCUUGCGUCAUCACGAUGAAACUGAAAAUGAUAUGAGCAAUUUUCUUAAGACAUAUUAA